AUGACAAACAAAGAGUUAAAACAGGAUCCACAGUCAGCUAUUCGGGACAUUCCCCAAUUUCUCAGUUCGGACAAAAAUUUACAUUCUUCCAGACUAACAGACCCAAAAGAAGAGUCACAAAUUCUUCCCCCGGGAUGGGAUCAGUUUUGUACCCCAGUGAGAAAACGCCCUCAUCAGUUUGAUGUCGAGUGUUUUGUGAGUACCAAAUAUUCCGGAAAGUGGAAUUUCGAAGAAUUGAGGAUUCAUCUGGCUAAGCAAAAUGUUAAAUAUACUUUUAAUGUUGUAUGUGAGGAUUCUGCCACAAUAUCCCUGUAUUGGCCGAUGAAAGCUGUAAACCUGCGCGGGAUAUCAGUGGAGAAUUGCAGACUAGAAGAUUAUUUCUCAGGAUAUGGAAAGGAAAAUAGUGCUCCGGAUCAAUUGGAAUAUUAUGUUUUUCGAAGUAACGUUGUAGUGGUUGAUUUGACAAAAGUGAUGUCUUUGGUCAAUAAUCCAAUUGACGAAGACUAUGAUUGUGGCAACGAAAAAACCAUUCAAUAUUUCAUCAACAGAAAUACAACGUAUGAGGUUUUGGACGUGGAGCAACCGUCAGAGUUUAAUGAACCGCUCGAAACCGUUCAAGCAUCUGUUUAUAAAAUAAACGAUGCAAAGAAAGGUGUACAAUUAAAUUUCUCAGCACUAAAAUUGUCUUCCAAGGAGAAAAACCAAAUUAGCCAUGCUUUCAAAGCCCUCAAUAGAAAACUUUCGUCUGUCGAACACAAAUGUAUUUUUAGAAGCUUAAAAUACAUAGAAGGCAGAAGCACUGCGCCUAUAGCGUCUACCAAAAACUCGUAUUUUCCGGAGCUUUCUGUUUACAAUGUUUCACAUUCAGACCUACAAAUGAUCCCCGAUUCAUUCACAAAGUGGUAUUACUACCUUCGAAAUUUACAAGUAAUAGAUGCUUCUUACAACAACAUCAAAAAGUUCAGAUUUGAUACCUUAGCUGACGUAUGGGAUGUGCCUUUGCUGAAAGUGAAUCUCUCCUAUAAUAAUAUCACCGAAAUCAAGGCCAAACAAGUAGAAGAGUUAGUGCAAACCAAAAAGCUCUUCGUAGACUUUCGUAACAACCCCAUCAACUGCUCCUGUACUGACACAACAAAACAAUUAAUAGCGUUGGUUAAAGACGAGAAAAAAUGGUCUCAUCCGACAUACCAAAGAUACAAAUAUGUCCGACACAUGCACUGUUACUUCCCAGAGAGAUUACGCGGGAAAACCUUGUUAGAUCUAGAAAACAAGGACUUGGAUUGCGAGUUUAUAGUCGUGGAAAAGAUGAUGGUAGAAAGCAUUGCGUGUCUGGGCUCAACAACCAUAUUCCCAUGGGUAUUUAAGCCCAAAACAGAUUCCAACUGUAUUGUGACUAUUCCAGAAAAAUACACAUCGAAUGGAGAAGAACCUUUUAAAAUACCAGACGAAAGUGAACUGGUGUCUCUUCCAGACAACAUCGUACAAUGUUUGUAUCACCGCUAUGUUACCACCCUGCAGUAUUUCUGUGGUUAUAAGCAACGAUUUGGUCAAAUUGCCAGAAACGGAUGGUACGUUUGUUCUGAUCCCGCCUUUGCUCCUAAAAAUAAUUGUGUUGUUUUUUCCUCCAAUAGAAAGUUUUCGGACAAUUUUUUCUUGUCUGAGAUAAAAGCACGGUAUCGUUGUCGAACUUUUACCACAUCGCUUUCCCAAUCCAAUUCUCUCCAAAGUUGGAUAACAAAGACGAACACAUCUAAUGAUAUCAUUGAUAUACUUACCCUUACAAUAAGUUCUUACUCUGAACUGGAGAUAAUCGAUAAAAUGGUGAAGGAACGGUCCAUUGGAAGGGUGAGGCAGCUGCUACUGGAACUCCAUUUCGAUCCUGCAGUGACGAAAAAGUCAGAUUAUGUGAAACUUCUAAAACGUUUAAAAAUGCUUUUCAAAGCAGGUCUGCGUAUUAUUUGGUACGACAGACUCUUUCAGUGCGCGGCCACCAACAAAUAUAAUAGAUGUUACGUUGUCUAUUUCGUUCAGAAAUCGUUAGCAGAUACAUCGAAAAAGUUUACAGAAAUGAGCUUACCUUCAGAGGACAAGAUUCGGCGAAUGAACGGGUCGGACAUUUCAGAUUUGUACUUCAAGUACGUAACGACCACCCAGUUCUUCUGUAAACAGAUCGUCCGGAUCGGGAGGGUGGUCGACGGGGGGUGGAAUGUGUGUCACGACAUGAUCCUCAAAACUGACCUCGACCGAUGCAUCGUCUACUCGUUUGGUAUAAACCACGACUUCUCCUUCGACGAUGACAUGGUCCGAACAUACAACUGCAAUGUGUACUCAUUCGACCCGACGAUGAAUAGGGAAAAUCAUAAACAUGCCAAAAAAGUUUGGUUUUAUAACAGGGGUAUAGGGGGCGAAUACAGUAAGUAUGGGACUGGGGAUAUUGCGCCCCUGAACAAAAUAAGGAAAGAUUUGAACCACGAGAAGGUCCCCAUAACUGUCCUGAAAGCUGACACGGAGGGAGCAGAAUGGCCGUCCACACCUCAGAUGUUACAAACUAACCAACUGUCGGACGUAUCUCAGUUUUACUUGGAACUUCAUUCAUACGGAAUGGUAGCAGCUCAUUUAAUACUUCUUAAACAAUUGCAUGAGGCUGGAUUCCGUUUAUUCUGGUUUCAUACAAAUCCAGCAUGUGUAAUAAGAUACAAGAAAAGGCAAAUCACGGGAUGUAUGGAAGUUUAUUUCAUUAACACACGAUAUCCAUUUAAGAUUUAAAUAUUUGUAUUGUUCUACAGUGUAAGCAA